AUGGUAGAAGAAGUUCAACAACCGUCUACGAUUGGAGUGAUUGUGAAGGGGAUAGAUAAUAUCAAGUAUGCAGAAAAGAUUAAGGGUACAUCAAAUGGUACUUACUUAAUGAAGGGUCUGCGUGAAGAGAUGAUAGCUGUGUUCAAACCUAUUCAAGAAGAAACUUUCUAUAGAGCUGGAAAGAAGAAGGGUUACAAAGCGGACAGAGAAGUUGCGGCGUUCAUUUUAGAUCAUCCAGCACAAGAAGGGGGAGAAGGAUUCGGACGUGUACCACCUACAAGCUUUGCGCGUGCCAGAUACACUAAUGGAGAAACAACAGACUGGGACAGCGGUUCGCUUCAGCAGUACGUCCCGAAUCAAGAGUGGAAUCAAAGGCCAGAAGUGUUUGCUAUUGAUGAUGUUCAAAGACUGAGUUUGGUUGAUGUGCGCUUUGGAAACAAUGAUAGGCAUAAUGGCAACAUAUUGAAUUCAAACACAAAUGGGGGAAGGUUAAUCCCAAUUGAUCACGGUGAAUGCUUUCCUACAGAGUGGAACAAUUAUAGAUUUAUUUGGACAACAUGGGCUCAAGCAGCAUUUCCGUAUCCAUAUUAUAUGGUUGAUUAUGUGAAGAGCCUAGAUGUCAAAAAUGAUCUCAAUACUUUGAAGGAAAAUGGGAUAGAGCUGGGAGAGAGGUCUGAAUUUAUUUACAAAGUUCAAAACAGAGUUCUACAAGCAGGUGUUCUUGGUGGUUAUACUCCAAAAGAUAUUGGAAAAUUCAUGACAAAAGCCUAUCGCAGCAAAAAAGAGAAGGCUCCAAGAACUAUUAUAGAUGUUAUGAACUGCAUGAGUGGUAUACCAGAAGCUUGGAGUGUUGAAGAGAGACAGGUGCUGGAGUUAGUCCACGAGAAGACCACAAGUGCACUAGAUUACAAUAGAAGUUUGUCUGAGGAGAAUUUGAAGGGUUCGACAUCAACAUAUCGACGCUAG